AUCUGCUGUAGACAGCGAAGCACCGGGUUAGAAGUUUGGCGACAAAUUUAGUCGCGCUUAAUUAGGGUCAAUAAAGCUUAAUUACAGUCGAGGCAAUAAUAUUGAUAAAAGAUGGCUAGUGGCCUAGAAACCACGAGGGCACGACUCCGUUACGAACAAUACUUCUAGCAUCGAUCCACUCCGCAAUCUGCGUCCCAUCGCUAUCGCCAACAGCGACAAAUUUUUCCAGUGAGCGGAAGUAGCGGAACUUAUUUGGUUCUUUGUUCUAUGUCUAUGUCGCGGGAAAGUUAAAGAGCCAGCCAAGGACUGCAGGUGCUCAGCUUUAGGAAAUCAACAGCAACUCGAGGACCCUGGCUCCGCAUUACUGUGCUCCAGUAAUGACAUCGAACAGAAGACCAAAAGCGCAUCCCCCUGAGAACGACUCAAAAGACCAAGCGGAAAGGGAAAUCCCUAUUCUACUGCCCCAAGAUGAACGUCAUCGCAAGUACAAGGUUGCUGUAGCGAUGGCAAUGAUACGUUCGAAGCCAGACAAUGUUUCGGCGGACGAUUACGUCAGAAAACUCGCGGAAGACAUGAGAAACAAUGAAGCCAGACUGUCGGACGUAUGCAAGAGCCUUGAAGACGAUGUCAUCCAUUUGCGGCAGAAAGUCGCGUUGAUGAGCGUCAGAGGUGGCAUUCGUUCUGAAGCAUUCGCCUUCCGGCGUGAAUCGUGGACGAACUCUACAGAGAAGCUUUCAAUCACAGCAGAACGCAUUGGCCAGCACUGGGUGUUUUUGCAAAAUUACCUGUCAAUCACGUCCAAUGCAGCGCUUUCCAACCAGGCAGACGACAUUGAUACAGAAGAAUUGACGCUGCGCUCUGCAAACAACCUCCUAGGGACCUUACGCAAGUGCACACCGAUCGGAUGCGUCGAAAUGGAGCUAUGCAAUAAGGCACUGUCGACUUUAGCAGAUAUGUGCAACGAUCGGCGCAAUGCUCUAGCGCCUUCUCUUCGCGCAGCUGUUAUGGGUUUUGUCACCGACAGUGUUAACGAAAUCGUGGAGCGGAAAGAAGUUGUCGAGUACAGCCGCCUGGAAAAUAUUGCAAGCUGGGUGGGAAGCCUUGCCAGUGGGCAAGCCGUCACACUUGCCAUCACCAGACAUCUACUGGACAAGUUUCUUCAGUUUGCAAGCUUCAUUGACACGCUACAGGAAGACCAGCGAGGCCAAGAAGCAGAUCACUUUGACCGCACAUACUUUCUACUAAAGUGUACGGAAAAUGUUGUCGCAUCACUAAAACAAGUUUCGCCUCUCGAUUGCUGUGAGCUCUCCGAAAUAGCAACAGCGCUGGUGGACUUUUCAGUCAAAUGCCAGGAGACACAUCCACUGUUUGCAAGUUACCUAUAUGAAGUUGUCAGCGCGCUUAAAAAGAGUUUAACUCGUCGCAAGAGCAGUAAGCAAGAAGUGCCAAAACUUGUACUAGUGAGAAAGAAAUUGUAAUAGGCGUCCGCUGCUGUGUUAUCUGUGUGACACUAUACAAUUUUAAGAUGCCCUAAGUGCGUUCAAUCCAAAAGGCAAUUUCAGUGAUGAGAACAGACACAAAGCGAAAUGUGUAUAAUAAAUUAGAUUUAUUCAAACAUACCUCUCUCAUGAAAUGCAUAUAUACAUGUAACGGUCUAGUCAAUUAUGUACUCUGUUUGCAUAUCUUGUGCAGUAAAGAAAACAAA